AUGAAUGUUGAUCCGUGGUCACGUCCGAAUUUCCAACUUUGGAGUGUAAGUGCCGAACCACCAAGAAACACACCAGGGGUUGAAUACGGGAAGGAAAAUGAGAAAAGAUUCACCAUUCGCAUUGAUCAUGGUGGGUUCUUUACAGACUACCCAGGUAAGACAUAUCAUCAGACAAAGGUUCACUUUAUUUCUCAUGUGAACAUCGAUUUGAUAAACAUGGAGAUGCUUGGCCGUUUUUCUAGAAGCCUUGGGCCUGUGUUUGUUCCAAACCAUUUCCCACAUUUUUUGAUGAACUCACCAGCCAAACGUGUUGAGAAGCGUAUUCACAUGUUUAUAAUAGAACAUCCAAUGGAAUCGGUUAAUGAUGGAAUAGCAUACAUCAAUCAUAUGCUAAACAUGACAAUUCCAAAAGAAAAAAUGGAGGAUGCUAUGGACAUGGCAAAAGAAAAUGUCAUAGCAUGGAAAGACAUAGCCUAG